CUUUGACAUCAUCGCAGAUCAAUAAUGAUUCUUAAUGUCGAAUCAGUACUCAGAGUACUGCAUGCCAUCCGACGUUGAUAUUGCUUUGGAUAGUCACCAAACGAGGCUCGACAAGCACAAUGGAGAAGCUCAAAACCGCCUUCGCCAACAUCACCACUAAACUCCAACUGCAACAACAGCCACAACAAUCGCAAAAUGACCACCCCAUCUCCCCAAACACCAAUUCCUCAACACCCUCCACCGGCCGUCUUUCCUGGCCCCCAAAGCUAGCCUCCCCGCCGCGCGUCCUCGGCGAGGUAAAAGACACCUCCGGGCGUCCCUACCCGCGCGACUUCGGCCGCUCCAUCCGGCUCGGCGGCCACACCUACUACAUGUUCGGCGACACAUUCUGCUUCGACUCCUCCGGCGCCUUCUGCGGCGUCACAAACAACAGCAUCGCGCUGAUCCCCUCGCUGCACAACCCCACAAAAAGCCAGUGGCUGACGCCCGACGCCAAGGUCCCCGAAUUCGUCCCGUACUCAGACGAGGAGCGCGAGUUCUGCAGACGCCACGCAGCGAAGGGCGAGAACAAGCGCUUUGUCAACUGGGCGUUUGGCGGCGCGGUGGAGAGGCCGGGCAGCGCGGGCCGCGAGGCCUGGCUGUUCUACGACACGUGCGAGGUCCACGGCGCGGAGGCGGUGCGGCACUGCGGCGUCGGCGUCGCGAAGGCGCGGGUUACGGAUGUGCAGAGCGGGCAGAUUGAGUGCGGGCGCGUGGGCGCGUUCCCGCUGUUUGAUCCUGAGGGGCCGGCGUGGGGCAAUAUUUCAAAUAUCGCGGCGCCGGACGGGUGGACGUAUCUGCUUACGGGGCGCGAACUGGAUAACUACAUGGCGCGGAUCCGCACCGAUGCCGAUUUUUCCAAUCCGGCGAAUUACCAAUUCCUCAAGAAGGGCGGGCACUGGGUGUCCUCGUACCACGCGCCGUAUGGCCCGUUCGGCGAGCUGGCGCACGAUGUCCUGCACGGCCAGGGCCAGGGCGCCAUUGUGUACUUGCCUGAGCAUGGGCCGCGGGGGAGGCCGUAUGUGUGGUUUGGGUGCGAGAAGUUUAUGACGAGUAAGCUGUGGGUUGGGGCGGCGGCGAGGCCGGAAGGGCCGUGGGAGUUGCAUAGUGUGGGCGAGAUGCCGAAGAUUAAUGGGGCGCAGAGCAAGACGCGGUAUUGUAUUUAUCCGCAUCUUUGGGGAAGCAAGCCGGGGAGAGGGGAGAUGCUUAUUUCGUGGAGUGAUGAUGGGACGAUGGGUGGGAAGGUUGCAGUGGGGGUGUUUACAUUCGCUGUGGUGUAAAAUAGGGGCUGAGAGAGAUGUAGAAAAGGAAGCUAAUUAUCUG